UCCCUCUGGGUGCUGGAGCGUCCGCCUCCUGCACAGCGGGAGCUCGAGAGCAGGCGCUCGAUCCGCAGCAGCAGCAGCAGCGGCGGCGGUGGUGCAGGCGCAGGCAGACCCCCCCCAGACGGACCCCACCGUCCGGCAGCCCGAGCAGGCGCCCUCGGCUAGCUCGGAGCCCGGCGGAGGCAGCAGCGCUUGCAGGCGGCCCGCAGCCAGUGCCCCCCCACCCCGCGAGGGCAGCGAGAGGCCGCGCCAUGGUGAAGGUGGCAUUUAACUCGGCUCUGGCCCAGAAGGAGGCCAAGAAGGAGGAGCCCAAGAGCGGCGAGGAGGCGCUCAUCAUCCCUCCGGACGCCGUCAGCGUGGACUGCAAGGAUCCAGAUGAAGUGGUCCCGGUUGGCCAGAGAAGAGCCUGGUGUUGGUGCAUGUGUUUUGGACUUGCAUUUAUGCUUGCUGGAGUAAUCCUUGGAGGGGCAUACCUGUACAAAUACUUUGCAUUUCAGGAUGAUGUCUACUACUGUGGAAUCAGAUACAUCAAAGAUGACUUGAUCCUAAACGAGCCCUCUGCAAAUGCUCCAGCUGCUCGCUACCAGACAAUUGAGGAAAAUAUUAAGAUCCUUGAAGAAGAUAAUGUUGAAUUCAUCAGUGUGCCAGUCCCAGAGUUUGCUGAUAGCGAUCCUGCCAACAUUGUUCAUGACUUUCACAAGAAACUUACAGCCUAUCUCGACCUUAACUUGGAUAAGUGUUAUGUGAUUCCUCUGAAUACUUCCAUUGUAAUGCCUCCCAAAAACUUAUUGGAGUUGCUCAUCAACAUCAAGGCUGGUACCUAUUUGCCUCAGUCCUACCUAAUUCAUGAGCAUAUGAUCAUCACUGAUCGCAUUGAAAAUGUUGAUCAGCUGGGUUUCUUUAUUUAUCGUCUGUGCCAUGGCAAGGAAACUUACAAAUUGCAACGCAGAGAAACCAUUAAAGGUAUUCAAAAACGUGAAGUUGAAAAUUGCAUCAAGAUUCGACACUUUGAAAACAGUUUUGCUGUGGAGACACGCAUUUGUGCAUGAACAUAAAAUGAAAAAAACAAUUCUGGUGAAAAUUUUUAAUACAGCAGUAUAAUCCCACCCUUUGUAUUUUGUGCAGUGAUUCUUUUUAAAAAAAAUUUUUUUUUUCAUGUAAGUAGUAAGCAGGGUUCUGUUAUCUUUUCAUUUCAUAAUACCAUUAAAAGCAGUAAAUUCGAAGAAUCAUUCUUUCCCUUUUCCCCUUCCCCAAGUGUGGUUUCUUUCAUAUUUGACAUAGUAAUUGUAUAAAGUCAUAGAUAUCAGUACAUUUCAUGUGACAGGCCUUAAAUAUUAAGGAGAAUAAAAUUUCUUUGAGACAUUUGUCAGGAUUUUUAUGUUUUUACUUUGCUCCUUUGAGGGAAGGGGAUAUUGAGUGGGACUGGGAAAUCUAACCUGCAUACAUACAAAGUGAGCUGUUCUAGUAACCAUUUGUCAUUGUUAUUUACCCUGCUGUCUAGUUUGUUACAGCAUUUAAACAUGCAUUUGAAUUUUCCUCCAAUUACUACAAUGUGCAGUAUUUUCAGUGUCAUAUCUAACUCUUUAGGUUGAUUUCCAACUUGAUGUUUUAAUAUACUAAGCACUUGCUGUAACAGUAAUUCAGAAAAUGUAAUGGAAUUUAAGCAGUAACUUGUGUUACUAAUUUGUAUAUAACCCAUGUAUGUGCAAUGGAAGGAAUAUAAAUCUUACAAAAUUGUUUGUCUAAA